AUGCUGCCCUCAGCACCAACUCUCGCCACUACAGCCCUCGUCGUUCUCCUUUUGGCCGUAUACUUCGUACUCCCUCCCGGACCCCGGGGUUUACCGCUGCUAGGGAAUGUAUUUCAGGUUCCUAGUAAAAUGCCCUGGCUCAAAUUCGCAGAAUGGAAAGCUGUAUAUGGUGCUGAAGGCCCAAUUUUCUCGCUGAACAUGGCUGGACAGAUAAUCGUGGUGCUAAACACCCACAAGGAAAACCGCCGCUCUACUAUCUAUAGCGACCGCCCGCGAUUCAUCAUGGCUAGUGAAAUCCUUACAGGGGGCAUAUUCAUGAUUUUUGCAAAUUGCGGCGAAGUAUGGCGUAAAAUGCGUCGUGUUGCUCAUGAAGAGUUUAAUCCACGAGCGGCGGAAAAGUACCGCGCAAUGCAGCAGAGAGGCGCGGCGCUGACAAUACUGGACAUUCUGCAGGAUCCUUCGUCUUGGGAGGACUGCUUGAAGCAGGGCACUGCUGCCAGUAUCCUCACCGCAGUGUAUGGAUGGCCACGAAUCACUUACAAGGAUAAAUCGGUCGUGACGAGGAUUCACGCGCACACUGCUCGUAUAGCUGCCGCUGUUGUGCCGGGUGCAUAUCUGUGGAAGCGCGAAGGGCUGGAGUGGCACGAACAAGAAACCCGCAUGUUUCAAGCCUUCAAUGCUAAAGUUCGCGAGAAGAAGCGGUAUCAUGGACUUUCGGAAAAGGAGUCUGCAUGGCUGGCUGGUAUCAUGUUGUGCAUAUCUGCCUCUCUGGCAAACGUUGUACUGGCGUUGACAUUACAUCCUGAGGUCAUGCACAAGGCGCAAGCUGAGAUCGAUGCGGUAGUCGGUCGAGAAUGUCUCCCAACGUUCGCGCAUCAAAGCGAGCUCCCAUAUUUACGAGCGUUGAUAAAGGAGACAUUACGUUGGCGGCCUACGGGACCUGUCGACCCGGACGUCUUUCCUAGUCCGGAAGAUUUCAUCCCUGAACGAUUCCUCGACGAGACUGGUGUGUUCGACGUCAUCCCUCCUGAUACGCAUGGGAUGGGUCAUGUGAACUUCGGAUUCGGCCGCAGAAUCUGUGCGGGGCUCCAUUUUGCCAAUCAAGAGCUGUUCAUCCAGGUCGCAAUGCUAUUAUGGGCCUUCAAUUUCGAAACGCCACUAGAUAAUGAUGGAGUGCCCCUCGCACCGCCCAAAGGCGAGUAUAUUGACGCAGGGAUCGUGGUGGUGCCUGCUCCCUUUGAAUGUAAGCUUACUAUGAGACGCACCGAUAUUGCAACUAUGAUAAUGCGAGAGCUGGAGGGUUGA